AUGACCGUCACGUACACGGCGCGCGUGGCGAACGCGCGCUUCGGCGGCUUCUCGAAGCUGCUGCUGCUGUGGCGCGGGAGCAUCUAUAAACUUCUGUGGCGCGAGCUCCUCUGUUUCCUCGGACUCUACAUGGCGCUGAGUGCCGCCUAUCGCUUCGUGCUGACCGAAGAGCAGAAACGCUACUUCGAAAAGCUCGUCCUUUACUGCGACCGGUACGCCAGUCUCAUCCCGGUCUCCUUCGUGCUGGGCUUCUACGUGACGCUGGUGGUGCACCGUUGGUGGAACCAGUACCUAUCCAUGCCCCUGACAGACGCGCUCAUGUGCGUCGUGGUCGGCACAGUGCACGGACGCGAUGAGCGCGGCCGCCUGUACCGACGCACGCUCAUGCGCUACGCAGGGCUCUCCGGGGUGCUUAUCCUGCGCUCGGUCAGCACCGCGGUCUUCAAGCGCUUCCCCACCAUAGAUCACGUGGUGGAAGCAGGUUUUAUGACCCGCGAGGAGCGCAAGAAGUUCGAGAACCUAAACUCAUCCUACAACAAGUACUGGGUGCCUUGCGUCUGGUUCUGCAACCUGGCGGCGCAGGCUCGGCGCGAGGGCCGCAUCCGCGACAACGGCGCCUUUAAGCUGCUGCUGGAGGAGCUGAAUGUGUUUCGGAGCAAGUGUGGGAUGCUCUUCCACUAUGACUGGAUUAGCGUGCCCCUUGUCUACACCCAGGUGGUGACCAUUGCUGUGUACAGCUACUUCCUGGCUUGCCUCAUCGGCCGCCAGUUCCUGGACCCAGCACAGGGCUACAAAGACCACGACCUGGACCUGUGCGUGCCAAUCUUCACCCUGCUGCAGUUCUUCUUCUAUGCUGGUUGGCUCAAGGUAGCUGAGCAGCUCAUCAACCCCUUCGGAGAGGACGACGAUGACUUUGAGACCAACUUUUUGAUCGACCGAUGCUUCCAGGUGUCAAUGCUGGCUGUGGACGAGAUGUAUGAUGACCUGGCCAUGCUGGAGAAGGACCUGUACUGGGACGCGGCUGAGGCUCGUGCUCCCUACACUGCGGCCACUGCCUUCCUGAUGCAGCAACCCUCCUUCCAGGGCUCUACCUUCGACAUCACGCUGGCCAAGGAGGACAUGCAGUUCCAGCGUCAGGACGGCUUGGACGCGCCGCCGAACGAACCACACGGCGACUUCCUGCAGCGCCUCCUGCCAGUGGGCGCGAGCAUGGGCACAGGUGGCCUGCUGGGCCGGCGCGUGCCCUUGCUGCGCCGCAAGAACAGCUGCGUGUCGGAGGAAUCCAUGGCUGCUAGCUGCGCGUGCGCGGGCGCUCCCGACGGCGCGGUCCCGGAAUGUGGCUGCGAAGGCCCGCUGCUCGACUUAGGCCAGCCGGAGCCGGAGCCUGAGCCCCCCACUGGCCCCGAGUCGCCUGCCCCUGUCCCCGCUCCCAGGGCGCCCGCUGAGCCCUUCACCGUGGUGCCGUUGCCUGGGACCCGGGGGCCGGCUCCGCCCUGGCUGCCCAGCCCCAUUGGCGAGGAGGAGGAGAGUCUAGCCUGA